AGAGCCCUCUACAGGGACGUCAUGCAGGAGAACUAUGAGAUGGUGACCUCGCUGGGAUUUCCCCUUGCCAAACCUGAGCUUAUCGCCCGCCUGGAGCAAGGGGAAGAGCCGUGGGUGCCCGAUCUCCAGACCUGCGAGGAAAGAAGGCUUCCAAGAUGCCCCCAUACAGAAGGUGCUGAGCGAGGGAAUGAGAAUGAGGAGGAGAAUCAUUAUCAGGAAGUUCCUGGAGAAGUGCAACCCCAGGCGACCUUUGUGGGAGGAGCUGAAGGGAAAUGUUUCAGUCCAAAGUCAGCACGAAAGUCACUUAAGAAAAGCCACACAGGAGAAAGGCCCCAUAAGUGCUUGGACUGUGGGAAAAGUUUCGUGCAAAGGUCACACCUUGUUUGUCAUCAGUCAAUCCACACAGGAGAGAGACCGCACAAGUGCUUGGACUGUGGGAAAAGUUUCAUAAGAAGGUCACACCUUGUUUGUCAUCAGUCAGUCCACACAGGAGAGAGACUCCACAAGUGCUUGGACUGUGGGAAAAGUUUCAAACACAGGUCACACCUUGUUAAACAUCAGUCAGUCCACACAGGAGAGAGACCCCACAAGUGCUUGGACUGUGGGAAAAGUUUCAAACACAGGUCACACCUUGUUCAACAUCAGUCAGUCCACACAGGAGAGAGACUCCACAAGUGCUUGGAUUGUGGGAAAAGUUUCAGACGGAGAUCAGCCCUGGUUAAACACCAGAAAAUCCACACAGGAGGGAGACCCCAUAAGUGCUUGGACUGUGGGAAAAGUUUCAUGCAAAGGUCACACCUUGUUAAACAUCAGGCAAUCCACACAGGAGAGAGACCCCACAAGUGCUUGGACUGUGGGAAAAGUUUCAUAAGAAGGUCAAACCGUGUUGAACAUCAGGCAAUUCACACAGGAGAUAGACCCUACAAGUGCUUGGACUGUGGGAAAAGUUUCAAGGAAAGGGCCUACCUUGUUAAACAUAAGGCAAUCCACACAGGAGAGAGACCCCACAAGUGCUUGGACUGUGGGAAAAGUUUCAUACAAAGGUCAGACCUUGUUUGUCAUCAGUCAGUCCACACAGGAGAGAGACCCCACAAGUGCUUGGACUGUGGGAAAAGUUUCAUACGAAGGUCACACCUUGUUUGUCAUCAGUCAGUCCACACAGGAGAGAGACCCCACAAGUGCGUGGACUGUGAGAAAAGUUUCACAAGAAGGUCAAACCUUGUUCGACAUCAGGCAAUCCACACAGGAGAGAGACCCCACAAGUGCUUGGACUGUGCGGAAAGUUUCAUACGCAGGUCAGUCCUUGUUACACAUAAAGUAGUGGACACAGGAGAGAGACUCCACAAGUGCUUGGACUGUGGGAAAAGUUUCAGACGGAGAUCAGUCCUGGUUAAACACCAGAAAAUCCACACAGGAGGGAGACCCCACAAGUGCUUGGACUGUGGGAAAAGUUUCAAACAAAGGUCACACCUUGUUCAACAUCAGUCAGUCCACACAGGAGAGAGACCCCACAAGUGCUUGGACUGUGGGAAAAGUUUCAUACAGAGGUCAGAGCUUGUUUGUCAUCAGUCCGUCCACACAGGAGAGAGACCCCACAAGUGCGUGGACUGUGAGAAAAGUUUCAAAAGAAGGUCACACCUUGUUUGUCAUCAGUCAGUCCACACAGGAGAGAGACCCCACAAGUGCUUGGACUGUGAGAAAAGUUUCAGAAGAAGGUCACAGCUUGUUCAACAUCAGUCAGUCCACACAGGAGAGAGACCCCACAAGUGCUUGGACUGUGGGAAAAGUUUCAAACACAGGUCACACCUUGUUCAACAUCAGUCUGUCCACACAGGAGACAGACCCCACAAGUGCUUGGACUGUGGGAAAAGUUUCAUACGAAGGUCACAGCUUGUUUGUCAUCAGUCAGUCCACACAGGAGAGAGACCCCACAAGUGCUUGGACUGUGGGAAAAGUUUCAAACACAGGUCAAACCUUGUUGAACAUCAGGCAAUCCACACAGGAGAGAGACUCCACAAGUGCUUGAACUGUGGGAAAAGAUUCAAACAGAGGUCAAACCUUGUUCACCAUCAGGCAAUUCACACAGGAGAUAGACCCUACAAGUGCUUGGACUGUGGGGAAAGUUUCAGACGGAGAUCAGCCCUGGUUAAACACCAGAAAAUCCACACAGGAGAGAGACUCCACAAGUGCGUGGACUGUGGGGAAAGUUUCAUAAGAAGGUCACACCUUGUUCGACAUAAGGCAAUCCACACAGGAGAGAGACCCCACAAGUGCUUAGACUGUGGGAAA